UGUCAAGUACAUGUAAAAGUGAAUAAAUGCCAGUGAACAAUCAAUCCAGCGAUCAAGCCAAUUACUGAUUCGCGGAAAAAAGAAUUUUAACUAUAUGUGCCCAUGCUUCUUGUUUACGUACACAGAUACAGUUUAAGAACCAAUAUAUUUUAUAUUGUGAAAUGGAAGUAAUUCUGACGUAAAACAAACAAAAAGGUCAAGGAAAGAAACAAAACCAUUGGCGGACUGGUCAUGGGUAAAAGUGCGGUGAGGGCGUCUAGAUGGGGACCCCCAGAAGUGCCGAAGGAGCCGACGGACGGGCUGCGGUGGUACGAGAUGCUUUUCUGCUGUUGCAAGUGCCGGGCAGCCUGCAAGUCAUGUGUGUGUACCACCGUGAUCUACUUUGUUCCAAUCAUUGUGUUGAUCGCGCUGGCAACUUGCAAUAUAACCUUUGGGGUGCUCUGGUGGGAAAAGUGCAGCUAUCAGCCUUGGGUGCCGCGGUGGAUGGUGGUGAGCGCCGUGACGCCGUUCCUGUUGCUUCCGUUCAUUAAGGCAGUGAAGGAGAGCUACCAUGGUCUCACGUGCUGGAGGGCCAUCUCCCUGACGCUAUACCUCGCCUACCUCGCGUGGAUUAUCAUAGGUAGCAUCUGGAACUUUGACGCGUAUCGGUUUUCAACGUCAGAUACGUGCAACAACGUGCUGGUGACGUACGCUCUGGUGCUCACGUGCGUUCACUGGCUGUUUUUCCUGCUAGCGACCAUUCCCCAGGUGUACCUGCUCACACUGAUCUGCUGCUGCUGUGAGGAGAACGCCAUCAGGCCUCUCAAAGAUGAUGUCAUCGAUGUUGGUGAUGAUGCCGAAAAAGUUUUAUAAAUCGUGCGUUUGUUUAAAUUGACUUUUAUAUUAUUAAAAAUACAUUUGUUUAUGUGUUACAGUAAUAUGUUUGUAAUUGUAGCAUUAUCAUAUAUGUGUCCGUGUGUGUACCAUCAAGAUAUAUGUACUCGUGGUUGUAUCAUAAGCAGAUCUGUAUUCGUGUUUGUAUCAUUAAGAGAUAUGUAUUCGUGUUUGUAUCAUUAAGAGAUAUGUGUUCGUGUUUGUAUCAUUAAGAGAUCUGAAUUCGUGUUUGUAUCAUUAAGAGAUAUGUGUUCGUGUUUGUACCAUAAGCAGAUCUGUGUUCGUGUUUGUAUCAUUCAGAUAUAUGUGUUCGUGUUUGUAUUAUUAAGAGAUCUGUAUUCGUGUUUGUAUCAUUAAGAUAUAUGUGUUCGUGUUUGUACCAUAAGCAGAUCUGUGUUCGUGUUUGUAUCAUUAAGAGAUAUGUGUUCGUGUUUGUAUCAUUAAGAGAUGUGUAUUCGCGUUUGUACCAUAAGCAGAUCUGUGUUCGUGUUUGUAUCAUUAAGAGAUAUGUGUUCGUGUUUGUACCAUAAGCAGAUCUGUGCUCAUGUUUGUAUCAUUAAGAGAUACAAGUUCGUGGAUGUAUCAUUAAGAGAUAUGUGUGUGUGGUUGUAACAUUAAGGGAUAUGUGUUUGUGGUUGUAGCAUAAGCAGAUAUGUGUCCGUGGUUUUACCAUAAGCAGAUAUGUGUUUGUGGUUUUACCAUAAAGAGAUAUGUGUCCGUGGUCUUACCAUAAGCAUAUAUCUGUUCGUGUUUGUAUCAUUAAGAGAUAUGAGUUCGUGGUUGUAUCAUUAAGAGAUGUGUUUGUGGUUGUAGCAUAAGCAGAUAUGUGUCCGUGGUUUUACCAUUAAGAGAUAUGUGUCCGUGGUUGUACCAUAAGCAGAUAUGUGUCCGUGGUUUUACCAUAAGCAGAUAUGUGUCCGUGGUUUUACCAUAAGCAGAUAUGAGUUCGUGGUUGUAUCAUUAAGAGAUGUGUUUGUGGUUGUAGCAUAAGCAGAUAUGUGUCCGUGGUUUUACCAUUAAGAGAUAUGUGUCCGUGGUUGUACCAUUAUGAGAUAUGUGUCCGUGGUUUUACCAUUAAGUGAUAUGUGUCCGUGGUUGUACCAUUAUGAGAUAUGUGUCCGUGGUUGUACCAUUAAGAGAUAUGUGUUCGUGGUUGUACCAUUAAGAGAUAUGUGUUCGUGUUUGUACCAUUAUGAGAUAUGUGUUCGUGUUUGUACCAUUAAGAGAUAUGUGUUCGUGUUUGUAUUAUAAGCAGAUAUGUGUCCGUGGUUGUAUAUUAAGAGAUAUUUGUUUGUGUUUGUAUCAUUAAGAGACAUGUGUUUGUGGUUGUAGCAUAAGCAGAUAUGUGUCCGUGAUUUUACCAUAAGCAGAUAUGUGUUUGUGUUGUAUCAUUAAGAGUUAUGUGUUUGUAUCAUUAAGAGAUGUGUGUUUGUAUCAUUAAGUGAUAUGAUUUCGUGGUUGUAUUAUUAAGUGAUAUAUGUUUGUGUUUGUUUCAUUAAGAUAUGUUUCUUUGUAUCAUUAAGUGAAAUGUUUUUGUGUUUGUAUCAUUAAAUGAUAUGUGUUUGUGGUUGUAUUAUUAAAUGAUAUGUGUUCUCGUUUGUAUCAUUAAGUGAUAUGUGUUCGUGGUUGUAUCAUUAAGUGAUAUAUGUUUGUGGUUGUAUCAUUAAGUGAUAUGUGUUCGUGGUUGUAUCAUUAAGUGAUAUG